ACACGCAAAGCUUGAAACGGACGCUGAUGGCGGCUUCCUCUGCUCCUCCAGCGACUCAGAACCCCCUCAAAACCCUAAGAAAUGCAUCCUUUCCUCGCCCCUGUCGCCUUCGCAUCGUCUCGCCUGCGAGACCCCUGCCGAUCUCCGCGCUCGCCUCGUCCCCCUCCACCGCCGCCGCCUCACCACUUUCCGCCGACGCCCGCCACCGCGACGACGUCCUCCGUGCGGCCCGCGCCGCGCUCUCGAACUGCCUCUCCGAGACCUACCUCGAUCGCACCGUCCCCGGACUCAGCUCCAAGGCCCGAGGCAAGGUGAGGGAUAUUUAUGAUGCGGAGGACCAUCUCGUUCUCGUUACCACCGACCGGCAGAGUGCCUUCGAUCGGGUUCUUGCCUCCAUCCCCUUCAAAGGCCAGGUCCUUAAUGAGACAAGUUUAUGGUGGUUCAAUAAGACUCAACAUAUUACUCCAAAUGCUGUGAUUUCUGCUCCAGAUAGUAAUGUGACAAUUGCAAAAAGGUGCUCAGUGUUCCCAGUUGAAUUUGUUGUAAGAGGUUUUGUGACUGGAAGCACUGAUACGUCACUGUGGACAGUCUAUAAUAAGGGUGUGAGGAACUAUUGUGGCAAUGUACUUCCUGAAGGAAUGGUAAAGAAUCAGAGGCUACCUGCCAAUAUUCUUACUCCUACGACAAAAGCUGUGGAUCAUGAUGUUCCUGUGUCACCUGAUGAGAUUAUUCAGCUGGGUUUGAUGACACAAAAUGAAUUGGAUGAAGUAAGCAGUAAAGCCUUGGCGUUAUUUGCAUAUGGGCAGCAAGUGGCAUUGGAGAAUGGUUUGAUUUUAGUUGACACAAAGUAUGAAUUUGGAAAGGGAGCUGAUGGGACGAUAAUGUUGAUUGAUGAGGUGCAUACCCCUGAUUCAAGCAGAUAUUGGAUUGCCAAUUCUUAUGAGAAGCAGUUUAAUGCUGGCUGUGAACCUGAAAAUGUUGACAAGGAAUUCCUAAGGUUGUGGUUUAAGGAACAUUGCAAUCCAUACGAAGAUGAGGUUCUCCCUGAGGCUCCUGAGGAUCUUGUUUGUGAGCUUGCAUGGCGGUACAUCUUCCUCUUUGAAACCAUCACAAAUUCGAACUUCCAACUGCCUGCUACAGAGGAACCAAUACAUGAUAGGAUAUCCAGGAACGUUUCCAGGGCACUAUCAAGCAUAUAAUUGUGGUGUUUCACCUAUGGAGUUUCAACUGCUGUAAGUGCAGUUGCAGCUUAUGCUG